AUUCAACAGUAUCGCAAUCACAUUCGAUUUGUGAUCACAGAAGGGGCUUGUAUCUCACGUCGAUGACCUGAAACAUUCAACACCGUUCCAGAUGCAUCGUCGAAGCCACCGGAAGUCUAGGAACGGGUGCAGAGAAUGCAAACGCCGUCAUAUCAAGUGUGACGAAAACCGCCCCAACUGCACUAAUUGUCAAACAGCCCAGCUCUGUUGUUCCUACUCUACCAAGACUCCAGACCAUGGUAAUUUCAUCCCGUUCGACAACUCGCACAAAUCUUCCUCCAGUCCAACCUCUACCAACACCUCACAACCUCUACUCGUACCUGGUCCCUACGUUAAUCUUCUCCAUCUUGAACUGUUCAAUCAUGUCGCCAACGACGAGGACGCUUUCAUCAUCACUGAUGCAACCACACGUACCCAGCGUCCUCGAAUCUUGAAACUUGCAUUCACAUGGCCCUUCCUCUUGUAUGAGUUACUGGCAUGUUCCUCGAUGCACUGUUCUCUCACUCAUCCCGACAUCUCCAAACAUCAAAUGUAUCGCGACGAAGCUUCAAGAUUGCAAGCCGAAGGACUGACAUCAUUUAACGACACCGUCAAGGAGAUCACCGACGAUAAUGUGAUUCCUGCAUUCUUGUUUUCUGGGAUUCUCGGCCUUCAUUCUUUCAGUGAUGUUUUCUCGAUGCCAGGACAGGAUCUGGAUGCAUUUCUGGAUAGAUUGGUGCAUAGUAUACGGUUGCUCCGUGGAGUUCAAACAGUCUUGAGUGGGAAGUGGGAGUUGAUCCUCAAAUCAGACAUUGGGCCUUUGGUGCAACCUGGUGAACCCCUCUUCGAUACCGAUGAUGUUGUUCUUGGACUCGAAAAGCUAAGAGGAAGACUUUCGGAUCUCUGGGGUGUCGAUACGACGCAGGUACAGGUCUGUGACAAAGCCAUGGAUCAGAUGUGUUGGGUGUACAGGUCUAAUCUAGGUACGUCCAUCCCAGAUGGACGUGCAAGUCCAAGAAUGGUCACGUCGUGGCCGGUGAUGGUAUCAACCGAGUUCACGGAACUCGUUGAUAAGAGGAAUCCGAGAGCUUUGAUUGUCCUUGCUCACUUUUCUGUACUGCUGCAUCGGUGUCGAAACGUGUGGGCUGUGGGAAGUGCAGGAACUACUUUGCUCAACGCUCUAGGUAUAUAUUUAGGGUCUGAAUGGGAGGACUGGUUAGCGUGGCCGAGGACUAUGGUUUAUGGCACUGGUGACUGAUGCGUUGUCUUUCUCAUCGAAGUGCGCGAAACUCAGUACUCCAACUUGUCGGUCGCCCGCUGAGGCUUCCAGAUUCUCCGCACAUGAGGCUGGAAAGGCACAACAACGGUAUCGGUACUUGCCACUAAUCAAUCACCCGACAUCUCCAGCAUUUGUUCAAGGUUUCCCGAGCAUCAAGCCCACACCAGCUGGAGCUCCGUCAACCUGACCGACAUUCCACUGGGUCAUUGUCGAACCUGACUCCCGACAAUACAGCUCCCUCCUUGGCUCCUCGGCCCGGCA